UUCUAUUGACUAAAAAUUAUCUAAGCACCGUUUCCAGCUUCCAGACCAAGAAACCAAAAUGGGAAUCAGAAUCGACGGCGGAGAGGAGCUGGAGACUUUCGAAGGAGCUGAUGCUGAGCUGACCAGUCUCGGCAAUCAGAAACCACCCAUGUCUCCAUCAUUUUCUUUGUCCGUUUCAUCAUCUGAGCCGGUGAAGGCAAGUUAUGGAUCUAACGGUGAAGAGGAUGGAGAGUAUGAAUGGGUGGCUGUAGAUAAAGAGGUUGAUUUUAUUACGGAUAAUGCUCCGGAGCUUGACGAAGUUGACGAUGCCUUCUCUGCACUUCAAUUGAUGUUCAAUGAGGAUGAUGAGAAAUCAGAAGACCAAGUUUCAGAGUCGGAGUCUGUGGAUUGGAUUGAGCCUCCGUUGCAGCUCUGUAAUACUAGACUUCUACAGCCUUAUAUGCUGGAUAGACUCUACGACGCCUUCCAUGUGUUUCAGACCGACCCUUCUGUUCAGAGAAUGGUUAUCUCUUUGACUUCAGACAGGGCUGUCUGGGAUGCAGUGAUGAACAAUGAGGUUGUCCGGGAGCUACUAAGCAAUGUUGAGAGGUCAGAAGAAGACUCUGGUUCAGCCCCAAAUUGUUGUAUAAGAAAGUUGUUUGAGAGAAGUGCCAUCAAAAUCAUGGACGCCAUGGAGAGAGUCACAAAGUACGUCACUGACCUCUUCAAUGUUGUUCCUGGAGAUGAGACAGUUAUGCUAGCUUCAGGUGCUGCCCCGGUGAUGGAGAAACUUCGGAUGAGCGUUCUGCUCACCAUUGUUGUCCUUCUUAUCGUUUUAGUUACCCGAGUGACGAGAGGUAGAUAGUAUAAAUUACCAUGUCAAACUAUGAUCUCAUACUUCCGGGUCUGCUCAACAAUUGUGAGUGCGCAACUUCUGCGGGUGAAACCGCAGCAGAAGAAAAGUGAUACUUGUGCUUACUCUUAUGUAAUAAGAAAAACAGUGAUUUCAAUCACAAUACGUCAUUUGAAACA